CAAUCUGGCCAGUCAAAGUCAGGCUUGUGGAAUAGUAGUGGGAGGUACAAGUGAGAAUGACAUGAAAGCAUCAAUCCAACGCUGCGUAACAGCGGACCCCAAAGAUGACACAAAGUGCUACCUCAUUUCUGCUAAUCAGACUGAGAAGGACAUCCUUUUAGAGCAGAGUUGGAAGAGGUCCUUGAAGCACCCUGAACAGUUUAGACUGGAGUAUACUCUGGACAAGCCAUCACAUGGUUGGAAGUACAGCUCUAGUUUCAUUAAUGCAGAUAUGAUCAAAGAUCACAUGCCGCCUCCAGCAGACUGUGUCCUCAUCCUCAUGUGCGGCCCUCCUCCCAUGUUUCAGUUUGCAUGCCAACCCAACCUUGGCAAACUGGGUUACAAGCAGAAGACCCGUUUUGCUUAUUAACACAGAUGUGGAGCCGGGCUUCUACUUGCUGAAGUGCG